GAGCGCGCAUGUGCGCAGCGCGGCGCGCAGCCUGCGCCGCCCGGACCCCGCGCCCGCACCCCUGUCGGGCCAGUCCGGGCCCCGGCCCCCGCCCCGCCUCCGGCCCGCUGGGCGCCGCAGUUGCAGUGUGAGGACUUGUGGAGAAGUUUGCUUAGACCCUCAGGCCCAGGAUCCAGGCACACCCUUGGCAACAGGCAGCGACUGUCCUGACCUCUGACCUCAGCCUGCCCAAUAGCUUCUGCUCCCCGUGAUGUCUGACCCCUUCUGUGUGGGAGGUGGCCGCCGGCUCCCGGGGUCCAGCAAGAGUGGGCCUGGCAAGGAUGGCAACCGGAACGAGGUCCGGCUUCCUGUGCGGCGUGACCCGCCGAAGCUGGGGUUGCCGGUAGCCCGAGGGGGGCAGACAGUGCCCAGCCAGGCCCCACUCUGCUUCGAACCGGGAAGUCCAGCCGGCGACAGGACAGAAGGGAAGAAAAAGGGGCGCCCGAAAGCUGAGAACCAGGCCCUCCGAGACAUUCCCCUCUCCCUGAUGAACCAGUGGAAAGACGAGUUCAAAGCGCACUCACGGGUGCAGUGUCCCAACUCAGGGUGCUGGCUGGAGUUCCCCAGCAUCUACGGACUCAAGUACCAUUACCAGCGGUGCCAGGGGGGCGCUAUCUCCGAAAGGCUGACCUUCCCCUGCCCCUUCUGUGAGGCCGCCUUCACCUCUAAGACGCAGCUGGAGAAGCACCAGAUCUGGAACCACAUGGACCGGCCUCUGCCUGCCCCAAAGCCUGGGCCGGUCAGCCGGCCCGUCACCAUCAGCCGGCCCGUGGGGGUCAGCAAGCCCAUCGGAGUGAGCAAGCCUGUCACUAUUGGCAAACCCGUGGGUGUCAGCAAACCCAUCGGUAUCAGCAAGCCCGUGACGGUCAGCAGGCCUAUGCCAGUCACCAAGUCGGUGACAGUCAGCAGGCCUGUGCCGAUCACCAAGGCUAUGCCAGUCUCGAGACCUGUGCCGGUCACUAAGCCCAUACCAAUUACCAAGCCCGUGCCAGUCACCAAGUCUGUACCGGUCACCAGGCCCGUGCCGGUCACCAAGCCUGUGCCGGUCACCAGGCCAGUGACUGCAAACAAGCCAGUACCGAUGACAAAACUCGUGACAGUCACCAAGCCCGUGCCGGUCAGCAGACCCAUUGUGGUCAGUAAGCUGGUGACGGUCAGCAGGCCCAUCGCCAUCAGCAGGCACACGCCGUCCUGCAAAAUGGUGCUGCUGACCAAGUCCGAGAACAAAACUCCUCGAGCCGCAGGGAGGGCCAGCGGGAAGAAAAGGGCUGCGGACGGCCUGGACAGCUGCCCCCUCCCACCCAAGCAGGCGAGGCCAGAGAACGGGGAGUGCGGCCCGUCCACCGCUGCCCAGGGCUCGGCCCGACAGCCCGGCGUGGACCUCGGCAGUGGCCCCCUUUCCCUGAGCAGCAGGCCCCUGGGGGGCAGGGAGGCGCCGAGGGCCACAGGCCCCACGUCCCUGCCUGAGGAGGGGGCUGAACGCACGAAGCACAGAAGGAAACAGAAAACUCCCAAGAAGUUUACGGGGGAGCAGCCGUCUAUCUCAGGAACGUUUGGACUCAAAGGCCUGGCCAAGGCGGAGGACAAAGCCCGAGGCUACCGUGCCAAGAAGCAGGAGGGGCCGAGUCCCGAGGACAUUCGGAAGAAGGUGCCGCCCCCCACCAGCAACAUCAGCAAGGAGGUGACGGCCCCUGUGGCCCAUUCAGCCCAAGGUGGCCCUGAGGAGCAGUGGCAGCGGGCUCUGCACGAACGGGGGGAGGCCGUCUGCCCCACUUGCAACGUGGUCACCCGAAAGACCCUGGUGGGGCUCAAGAAGCACAUGGAGGUGUGUCAGAAGCUGCAGGACGCCCUUAAGUGCCAGCACUGCCGAAAGCAGUUCAAGUCCAAGGCUGGUCUCAACUACCACACCAUGGCCGAACACAGUGCCAAGCCCUCUGACACCGAGGCCUCGGAGGGGAGCGAGCAGGAGGAGCGGGAGCGUCUGCGCAAGGUGCUGAAGCAGAUGGGGCGGCUGCGCUGCCCCCAAGAGGGCUGUGGGGCCGCCUUCUCCAGCCUCAUGGGCUACCAGUACCACCGGCGGCGCUGCGGGAAGCCGCCCGGCGAGGGGAACAGCCCGUCCUUCCCCUGCACCCACUGCGGCAAGACCUACCGCUCCAAGGCGGGCCACGACUACCACGUGCGGUCCGAGCACACGGCCCCGCCCCUGGAGGAGCCCCAGGACAAGCCCCCCGAGGCCGAGGACCUGUUGGGUGUUGAGCGGACUCCCAGCGGCCGCGUCCGCCGCACUUCAGCCCAGGUUGCAGUGUUCCAUCUGCAAGAGAUUGCGGAAGAUGAACUGGCCCGGGACUGGACCAAGCGACGGAUGAAGGAGGACCUGGUGCCCGAGACGGCGCGGCUCAACUACACUCGGCCAGGCCUCCCCACGCUCAACCCCCAGCUGCUGGAGGUGUGGAAGAACGAAGUCAAAGAGAAAGGCCAUGUCAACUGCCCCAAUGACUGCUGCGAAGCCAUCUACUCCAGCGUGUCCGGCCUCAAGGCCCAUCUGGCCAGCUGCAGCAAGGGAGACCACCUGGUGGGAAAGUACUGCUGUCUGCUGUGCCCAAAGGAGUUCGGCUCCGAGAGCGGCGUCAAGUACCACAUCCUCAAGGCUCACGCGGAGAACUGGUUCCGGACUUCAGCAGACCUGCCCCCCAAACACAGGAGCCAGGACUCACUGGCGCCCAAGAAGGAGGAGAAGAGUGUGGUCGGCGGGAAGAAGCGGGGCCGCAAGCCCAAGGAGCGGCCCCCCGAGGAGUCUGCGCCCAAGACGCCCCCCCGCCAGGAUGACUGGCCCCCAGGAGGCAGAGACAAGGGGGCCCGGGGCUCCAGUGGCCGGAAGGUGGGAGCUGGCAAGGCGCCCGAGAAGUGAGCAUGGUGGCUGGCAGGUGGGUGGGGCCCAGUCCCCACGCUGGCCCAGCCCUCCUUUGUCCAGGGUGGGGUAGGGAGCUCUAGGACGUCCCGCCCUCCAGUUUCACACCCUCGCCCGUCUACCCCUCUGUCCAGUGGGGUCAGCCAGCCCCACUCCGCUUCCUGAAGGCGGCCCUUUCCCUGUGCGGGCCACUACUGGGCACACUGGGCCUGUGGCAGCCACAGAAGUGCAAUGGCCUGGAGGGACGGGCAGGGGCCCGGGGCUGUGGGGCGCUGCAUAGCGGCCAGGUGCCCUUUCUGUUUCCUCAAGCCCAAGGCUCGGGGGUCCCUGGUUCUGGGCUGAUGAGGGUGCCCGAGCAGCCUGGCCUCUCUCCCCAACACUGGAACCCCAGCACCCGCAGCUACCUCCCAGGACAGACCCCGAGUCUAAUCGCUGCCGUGCUGACCUGCCAGUCCGUGCUCCUCGCCCUCCCCGCCUCUGGCUCCUCCGCUUCUGCUCUCUACCUCUGCAGGCCCACCCCCUGCCCCGCGGUGUGACUGCUGCCGUGCUUGAGCCCGUGCCCACUGGCCUGUGCCCAUCCUGGUGGGGGCAGCGGCCCCCCUUGCGGGCUCCCUGCCAUCCCCGUGGUGCUCCCUGCUUGCGGCAAGCGAGGACCCCUGGUUUGCCCACGGGCAGGGCUGCAGCAGCUGGGGCCACGUUGAGCCUGCUCCAGCUCAGCCGAACACUGAGCUGGUUGGGGCAGCCUGAUAGGUUAGAGACUGGCCAGUCUGGGUGCUGGGGCCGCCCUGGGGCUGUGGGCAUGCAGGGCACGGGGCUGGGCCCAGCUCUGAGGAGUGGCCCCUGCAGGAAGCAGCCUUCUGUCUGCCUGGGUUCCUUCGGGAGCCCCUACCCCUUUGUAUCUGCCCCUUCGUUUCUGGUUCUAGCUGUGGUCUUUUCAUAGGAGAGCUGAAGGCCUGGGAGGGGGCUUGGCUAAGCUCAGCGAGCUGAUGGGAGCUGGGGGCUGUCUUGGCUCCCUUUGGGGCCCUGAGGAUGGCUAGGUGGCAGGUUGGGCAGGGUUCAGGCUGGAGUCCAGCGUGCCUGGAGGAGUGAGCCAAUAGCUCUGGCCUCCUCCCCGGGCCCUGCUUCCGGCUGUGACCUUGCCGGGGGGUGAGGACGCUCAGAGCUGCUGGGGUUGGUUGCAGGCUGUUCUCCACAGGGGGGUGGGGGGCUGAGGGCGCGGCCUUGCCGAUCCUGGAUGAUGUGAAUUUUGAUAUUUGCCCGUGUGCGUGUGUCUCCUGGGUGUGUCGUGGGUGCCAGUCUUGUUCCUGUGACAAGUAACAACCUUUUUUUAUUCUGUUUUUUAUACAAAAACUUACAACAAUCUGACAUUUUGGUGCUAAGGGUUUCCUGGUGCCGAUGCUGGGUCUGGGGGCUGGGCCAGGGUCCCUGGGGUCCCUCCCCUGCUCAGGGAGGCAGCGCCCACUGGGCACCCCCUGCACCCCAAGCUGCUGUCCUCACCCAGCCCCGGAGAGGAGGGGCACCAAGCUGGGCUCCCCUCUCCUGGCCCUGCAGUAGGAGGACAGACUCCAGGGGCCGGGGGGCCGGGAGGCUGAGCUGCUUCUCUCUGGCUGUCCAGAGACUCUGAUUCUGGGCAGCCAGGGCCUGGCGUUUGAAGGGGGGGGCAGAGAGGUGUGCUGUGCCCCACUCACAGCCGUGGGCAGGCAGGUGGGAUCCGGAGUCAGAGUCAAGGCAGGGCAGCACGGGCUGGGCUGCAGGGCAGGAGGGCGUUCUUCCCUGGGUUCUGGGAGUCACCGCGGUGCACGGCUGGUAGAGGCGGGGUCAGGUGGCCACCUCAGGGGUGGCCCCAGGAGGGGAGGAGGAGCAGGUGUGGACAGCAGCCCCCAGGUAUACUUGCUCUGUCUUUGUCACCAAUGGCUGGGGGAGGUCAGACCUCAACACCUCUGCUGGGUGGACAGCUGCCCGCCCCGGCCUCUCAGGUACUUGGCCCUUGGGGAGUAGGGGGCUAGACUUUGCUGGGGGGUAUUUCCAGGUCACCCUCCGAAGUCCACAGAUGGUCCCCGGUGUGGGAACCCGCCAGAUGUAUGGGAGGAGGUGGGGUCCUGGGUAACUUGAUGUUUAGCACUUUAACCCCCUUCUUUGUCUUUAAAGUGGGUGUGGGGCUGCUGCCAAAACCGGCUACUGGGCUGGACCCCCGUCCCCCCUCCUCCCUCCCUGCUUCCUGGUGAGCGGCAUGGCAAGCUGGUCUGCAGGGCCUUGACUGACACCUUCAGUAAGGGACUGGAGUGGCAGACUCCAGGGCUCAGUGGGCGAGGACCCUGCUUGGGACCCAAGCCCAGGACAUAAUGCCAAGUCCCCUUCUGAAGAUCUACCUCUGGCCUAGCCCACCCCCCUUGUCCUGAGAACAGGAAGGGGCUGGCUCAAGGGGCCCACACUUCACACAGAAAUAGGAUGCACUUUAUUUGCUUGUGCAAAGGCAGAUGAGGGUGUCUCCUGGUGUGACCAGUGGCCCUCCCAGCCAUAGCUCCCAUCCCCGACCCCCCCAACCUUUCCUCUGGUUCAGAAGGGAAAGAACCGGUGCACCCUGACCCACGGAGGGCAGGGCUGACCCCUGUGGGUCCUCGUUCUGCCCGCCUCAGGAGGCUUGUCCUGGAGCUUGGGGGGUGGGAGUGUUCGAGGGGACCGACUUGCACCUCUGGCCUGACAGCCACGCGUCUUGUACUUUGGGUUUCUUGGUUUGGUUUUUUAAAUGCCAGUUCUCCGUACAUAAGUGCAUUUUGAAAGAGAGGCUCCAGCUAUCACUUGUAACCAUAAAUAUACAUAUAUAUUCUAUCUACAAAGUGUUUAUUUGCAAGAUGUUUUGACGGUAAGCUCGGGCCCGGCCCGCCUUGUGACCAUCUGUCCCUGGUCCUCGUCCCUGCCCCUGGGCCCAAGUGGCACAGGGGCAGGCCAUCAACUGUAUGUAUUAAAAAAUACUGUAUCAAAUAAACGUUUAUUGCCUUUUUUCCA